UAUGCUGAAAUUAUGAACCAUUUUUUCUUAUUGGCUCAAUAAAAUUCACAUAAGUAAAAUAGAGCUUUAAUCCCCAUCUCCCCAAUUGAGGGAUUAGUGUGCAAUGCAGAAGUGACACUUAUUAGAGUCAUGGGAUCUUCUCUUUGCCCUUCUACUUCUCUUUUACUCUUUUAUACUAACUCUUAAUCCUUUAGCACAAGUAUUAACACAAGAGAGUAAAAGAAUGAACAAAUAACUAAUAUCAAAAUGGAAAGGAAAAUGGUAGGAGUAAAAAUAAUUAGACUUAGAUGGGCAAAGAGAGAAAUGAAAAGCCAAGGUAAUUAGCUCAUAUAAUCAAGUCUAACGGGUCAAUAGAAACAAGUCAAAGAGAAAAGACAGACCGAUCUAACGCAAAAAUGUUUUGAAUGUGUAAGUCAAAGUGAGCGUACGUUAGACUAAAACAUUUUAGGUAAUGGUUUCAUCAUUUUAGGAAAGACCAUAACAAGACUAGAGAAUGACAGCUAUCACAGAUUCUGGAAUAGAUAUGAUACAUUGAGCAACAAUAAAACGCAUGUAACGCACAGUCAACACAUUUAGUACAAUGCGACUCCACACUUGCACACUCACUAGUAUAAAUAGAACAACCGGCCUCUGAAAAUGACCAGAAACAUCAUCUAAAAUCCAUUUUAUUCUCUCUAGAGUUUCUUAGAAUAAUCUUAAGAAAGAAUUUAACGCCUAUACUAGAUUUUACACAUCCAGAAGACAAUUUCCUUUUUUUGGUGAUCUUUUCUCUCUACCUUCAACUGCCAUUCACUAAUCUGCAAACAAGAAAAAGGUAAGCCUUAUUUUCUGUUCUAAAUCUAUCAUUUCCUUUAGAUUCAUGAACUCAAUCCCUAAUUCUUCUUCUAUUCUUGUCCUCUUAGCUAUCUUUUCUUUGUUGCCUUCCCUAAAACCUUUAGCUCUUCUUCAUUGAAGCCAAAAGUGCUUUGUUAGUCACUGAAGUUUUCCAUGAUGAGCACCCAAUUCCCAUAUAGCAAAUACCCCCUGAUGGCCUGAUUAAUAAGUACAAGAACCAUUAUAACCCCGCGAAAAAGUUUGAUGACCAUUACGUAAACUUCACACCACACACACAGUUUAUACAAAACCAGAGGUUUUCUGGUUUCUUCCCCUGAAGAAGAAGAUCUAACAUUACCGAAACUCAGGAGCUCCUCAACUCCAAGCGAUACCAAAACCCACGCUCUCCCUCGCUAGCCAUGGCGGACUUGCAGCCAUGGAUCACUUCGUUCCCAAGCAAAACAUUCCUCCAUGGAUUCCGCCCCUUAUUAAAGCCUUCCAUUUUGAUUCACAACUCAAGGAACCAUCGACGAACGUAACUCCCCUGUUUCCCCCUUUUUUGUCGUUUCAGUAGACGAAGAUCGAAUAAUUAGCUGAAAUCAGGAAGAAUCCAGCUUUGAAGAUGGCGAAAGGGAAGGCGGGGUUUCCCGUUCCUCUUCUUGUACAGGUGGCGAUGACAAUUAUAACUCUUUCAAUGGCGGCAACGGCGGCCGGGUCAGGAUACGGCGGCGGUUGGAGCUUGCGCAAAGCAAUGUUCUCCAGAGGAGGAGAAUCUUCUUCAGCUUCUUCUUCUUCUUCAAUGGGGUUCAAUCGAGUUGGUUCCUCUGUUGUGUUUCCGCUUCAUGGGAAUGUCUAUCCAACUGGGUUCUAUAAUGUUACCGUGUACAUAGGCCAACCACCAAAGCCAUAUUAUCUUGAUGUGGACACAGGAAGCGACCUCACUUGGCUCCAAUGUGAUGCUCCAUGCGUUCAGUGCAUUGAGGCACCUCAUCCAUAUUACAGACCCUACAAUAACCUGGUUCCUUGUAAGGACCCAAUCUGUGCAUCCUUACACCCACCUGGUCACAGAUGUAAAGAGAAUGACCAGUGCGACUACGAGGUUGAGUAUGCAGAUGGUGGUUCAUCACUUGGUGUCCUUGUCAAGGACAUGUUCUCUUUCAACUUCACGAGUGGGAAGUAUCAGUAUCCUCAUCUGGCACUUGGAUGUGGAUAUGAUCAACUUCCAGGAGGAUCUUAUCAUCCUAUAGAUGGAGUGCUAGGCCUCGGCAGUGGGAAAUCCGGAAUCUUGUCUCAGCUCAGCAGUUAUGGUCUGGUGAGGAAUGUCGUAGGCCAUUGUUUAAGCUCGAGAGGUGGAGGGUUUCUCUUUUUCGGUGAUGAUGUUUAUGACUCGUCUCGAGUAGCUUGGACACCAUUGUUGCGCCAUGAUUCAAAGCACUACUCUCCAGGGUAUGCAGAACUUCUAUUUGGCGGGAAGGCUACUGGAGUGAAAAACCUCCUUGUAACAGUAGACAGCGGGAGCUCCUACACUUACUUCGGCUCCCAAGCAUAUCAAGUCUCGCUUCAGCUGGUGAAGAAGGAACUAUCUGGGAAGCCAUUGAGAGAAGACUGGGAUGACCGUACUCUCCCAGUGUGCUGGAGAGGGCAGAGACCAUUUAGUACCAUAAGAGAUGUGAGGAAGUACUUCAAGCCUCUGGCACUCGCCUUCAAAGACGGUUGGAGGUCCAGAACUACAUUCGAAAUGCCCCCAGAAUCCUACCUCAUAAUCUCUUCGAAGGGAAAUGUUUGCUUGGGGAUCCUUAACGGGACUGAGGUGGGCUUGCAGGAUCUGACUAUCAUUGGAGACGUCUCGAUGCAAGAUCGAAUGGUGAUCUAUGACAACGAGAAGCAAAUGAUUGGAUGGAGCUCCGUUGCUGCCAAUUGCGAUCGACUUCCCAGCUCCUCAUCCGGCUACUGAGGGGGGGAAUCAUUGAUCAUUUGCUUCAUAGUAGAUGAUGAUGUAAUAAGUUUAUAAACCAUAAAAUUGGCUCAAUGUUCUUGAGUCUUAAAAUUAUCAAAUAAUUCAUCUAUUGUUAAGUUUCAUCAUUUUCAAAGGUGUUGGAAUUAUUGCUUGUUAAAUUUGGUUUCUAUUCCCAUACCUAAUCAGAUUGGCUUCCUUGUCUCUAAAGGACGGUGACACCAUGCGCGAUCGCAUCAACACUCUUAAUUCAUUCGUUGCGAUAAUCAGUUGUGACAUAUGUAAGAGUGUCUUGUUUACUUUCACUCAAAUCGUAUUAUCCUAGAAACCAACAACAAUGAUGAGUUCGAAGGGUAUAGUCAAUGGCAAAAUGAUAUAACUCCACACUAUGUACAUAACGGAAAAGAAAAACAAUGCUCAGUU